AUGGCCCUUUAUCGUGAAUUUAACGUUCUGGACCUUCUAAGAUAUGCAAACGUGUGAGUUACGAAGUAGAUUUAAUUGAUGACUUCUAAUGUCCUAGUUGAUAUCUUCUCUUCUCUGCGAUCCACGUUUAGUGAGCGGUUCUUUUUUCGGCUCGGAUAGUCUUACUUUUGGAUCUCUGUGCACAUCAGUAGGGAUAUCUAAAAGUGAUCAAAUAGGGGAUAUCAGAGAGCUGUGUUGCUCCGAUGUAAUCUGAUAGGUACCAUUGCUUAUUUCACCACACUCAAUUUCUGAACCGCAAUAUAUAAUGUCUCUUUGUUUUGGACAGCGACAUUUAAAUGUCGGUAAUAACCCAUCAUCAACGACGAGAUCUCUCAUAUGGAUGCUCUAUGUAGCGUUAACGAACGAAUAUAAAACACCGACAAAAGACCUUAAAACACCACAUAAGUAUAGAACCAAAUCCCGGCGUUGGUUUAUCACAAGUUCACCCUAAAUGCAUGUCACGUCCGCUAUCAAAUCCCAAUUUUGAGAACACCUUUACGUCGCAUUAGGUGGUUUUGGGAACUCAGUACUUCGUCACAAUGGGUUAUGGCCAUUUUAGUACUUAUAACAUGGCACUUGGCCAACUGUCAGCCAUUAGUUUAUAUCCAUCUUUUUGCCGAUCCCCUUGUUUCUUUUUCAGGAACCUGGAUCCCCUGACAGAGACUGUAUCCUUUAUUUUCCAAUUCUUCCACUGGACUAUCUACGUAGAGUUAGUUACGCAUGUAUACAUUUAUUGAAAACGGGGAUUGAAGAUCCUUGCACACAUAACUCAGCAUGCCAAGCUUCGGAUUCUCGUGUUGACGUUUUACUUUAACAAUUGGAUAAUUUUCCCAGGCGGAAACCAAGCGGACUCCAAUUUAUCGCAGCGCACAGCCCAUCACCGAUCGAGCAGUUAAGGACAAAAAGAUUAGGACGAGUGUUCCAAAUCAACCUCCGGUGAAAUAUCUUCUGACUAUUUAGCUUUACUGUUGUUAUAUUAUUGUGGUCAAAGCCACUCAUAUCUUGUCAUCGACAGACCAUGCAGGAAUGUAAAACACCUGGAUACUAUUAUUAAUUCUAAGUAGGAUUUUUUGAAACUCAUAGAUUUUGCGACGGCUUUCAACCUCCAAUUUUCGCUGCAUACCACCAACGGAAACAUAGAAAAGCAUGGGUAAUCUGAUUUAAUCAGGAUGAGUGAUGUGCGGGCAUAACAACCGAGAAUUAAGGGACGUCCGAGGGCCUGAACAAUUUGGUCGGCAUCCUUCAUAUUAGAAUCAAGUUAGAGAUCUGGCUGGGGUGUAAAUCGAUUUCCUCCUUUACGACUACGCCACAAGAUGAUAGCAAGCAAGGACAGCAGAAUUUAAUGGCACCAGGAAAUUUCGCGACGGCUUCUCGACUGCAGCCUGUCGUUGCAUAACAACAAGAUGAUAGCUCAUUGACCAUAACCAUUAACCUUUCCUGUCUGCCUGUUUAUUCCUUAAUCGUUGCAUUAUAAGUACAGCGUAGGGUAUUACAUGCAUUACAUGAUCACCUGGCCGGAGUACAUGCGCGUCGUUGAGUCACCAAUCCUCACAUGCUUCUCGGCAUGUCAAGGUUCCAAAGGCGACUCCGUUCUCGGUACCGCUCUUCAGAGGGUAAGAGAAAACGUCACCACACUUGGUGGCCGAAUUAUGGGCUAUAUGGUUGCCAAAUCAGAGGGCCAGGGUGAAAACUGGCAUGGCCAUGUGACUGCCCUUUCAGUGGCUCCAGAAUAUCGUCGAGUUGGACUGGCUGGCAGGCUCAUGAAAGGCUUCGAGGACACCUCUGAAAGGCAAGUUGUUACGUCCAGAUUUUGAAGAAACACUCCUCUCAUUGGUGCUCGGGCCUGUUCAUUUUUUAAUGGCUCACCCUAUCAUUGUCUUAAUGAUGGUGGUUUAGGCCAAAUUGCAUUCCUAUUCAGGGACACCAACAGUACUUCUGGGGCCUUGCCACUGCGAGUCAGAACGCCAACAGCAGCGGGUCCGUGCUCUUAGUCUAUCAUCUCCAACCCGUUUAAAAACGUUUCCACGUUAACUUUUCUUAACAAAAUACGAUUUCGUAUACUUUCCUGCUCCCCUUCCAUACCUACCUAGUUUUACCUUACUAAAUAGGCUUUUUACGUCAAGCAAUAUUAUAUUCUUCUUCCAUAGGUUUUGGUCCACCGAUCGUUGACAAAUGGAAAAGUGUCUUCGGUAGUGUGAGCAUCAACGCUGCGUCUAGUUGGUUCUAUUGAUUGAACUAACCAGUGCAAGUUUGUUGGAGCGCCACUAGACGAAACCGCUGACAUAAUUUUUUAGCACGCGUCCGAAACUUAUUUUGAGUCAGAAUAAUUGCAGUCAUGCAUGAAGGAUUACAGUUCAUAGUCAGUGGACAUUUAAACAAGCUGGUAGACAGCUUAGCUACUGGCAGCCCAAUGAGGCCAGCCCUAGUCGGCAUCUUCAGAUCAGGCCUUGAACAAAAAUCGUUCCUUAACCUACAGCGAACCAUAUCCUAUAGAAGUUAUGUAGAUGACAUUUCUUGUCGUAAUCAGUAGCCCGAGAGAUUUGGAACUACCACUCAGAGCUAUUUAGAUGGCGCACGCAAAAAUCAACUUUACAAUCGAUCUUAAAGAAAACAACACUGUCCAUAGGCAGGUCGAUCGCUCCACUGAGUUAUCAACUUGCCAGGCAACCGCUUAGAAAAGACAGUAUAUGUAAUUUUCGACUUUCUCCCCAAUUCAAAAAAGGAUGAAACUUUGCCUUGUAUCUACUCGACUGGACUACUAGAGCUUAUUUCCAUAGGCUAAUAUCCUUAUGAACUGCUUUCUUAGAAACAGGUGCCCAGAAAAUUUUACCGAUAACUUUCGCUACCUCAAACGAGAAAACCCGCCGGAACUGUCCAUACCAAAAGACUUGUUAGCGCUUGCCUCUCGAGAGUGAUGUGUCAAACGUGAUCCAGUGACGGCUUCGAUACGCGAUUGGACGGACGUACACAGCCAUUAACCUGUCUCUUUAUAUACUAACGGCUACUCCAGUUAAACCAGCUAAUGACGUUUUGCCUAUGAGCGUCACAUAAAACGAUAUCUGUGAGCCAACAUGUAGUUGCGGAUGUAAAUACAUGUUGCGCACGUGAAAGCAGUUAACAACUCAGCUAGCUGAGCGCAGGCCGAAGUGCCUGCUGAUAGAAAAUAAAAUUACUGAUACAAGCGAAGGUGCGAGUCCCAGGAAGUAGUUGAUAAAAAGUGGAAGCAGUCGCCGGAAAAAGAGAUUUGUUCGCCCGGCGUUUCGGAUUCACGCUCGAACUCACCAUCAGAAGGAGUAACAGAUACGGAUCUAUUAGUCUUUCUGAUGAUGGGUUCGAGCGUGAAUCCGAAAUGUCAGGCGGAUAAAUCUCUUGUUGCAGCGAUCGCUUCUACUACUUAUCAGAAAAUAAAAUACCAGGAAGUUCAUUCGCAAAGCACAUGGCUGUAAAACGGCGUCAUUUAAGGUCUGACUUCGAUCGGCGACUGCGCGUCCCCUGCGCUAUUCAAAAGUGACUCUGCAGGAGAAAAUAAGGGCUCCGUAAGCAGUUUGGUCACCCGAUCCACCUCGUACUGCCAUAGUGGGAACCAGUAAGGAAAAUAAUCUUGUAUCCUCCCCGCCCCUCUACCGCCAAAUGACUGGCUAGUUUUUCAUACUGUGUCGUCCCAACCACGCUUGACAAGUUUCCGUUGUAAUAAAAAUCCGUUUGCCCUCGCUUGCAAAUCUUAGCGCUCUGCCGUUUAUGUACCAACCCCAUUUGAUUGCCCUAGGCCGGGGUUCUUAUUUAAUCGUCUGUUAUACGAAUAUUCUAUUCUGCCUUCCUCAUUAGCAAGCGGAGCUCGAUAUGGUAGACAUUUCAAGUGCCCGUAGAGUUUGCGAACUGGCUCCAUAUCUGCCAAAUCGCAUAUCUGGUUCUUUACGGAACAUGUGGUAACCCCUUGGUUACCAAUGCGGUCGUUCCACUCAACUGGCGUGGUCGCGGGUGGCCAGUCUAUACCCAUCUCGGUAUUACUGUAAGACUUUUUGUUGGAAACAAGCGACUUUCACCGUGAGGCAGAUUCAUUCAGCGCCAGAGCUCAAUUUGGUGUAUGUUACUCCGUUUUCCCCACCAAAGUAUUGUGUGGUGCCUCCAAGGCAACAACUUUCCUGAUCGCUUUGUAAUACCUGACUAUUUUAAGGCCGGACAUAGGUUCAAUUUGAUCUCAAACAGGUGUCUUAUGACUGGGCUAGUCAAGGCGCUUGUUACGCUGUUAGAUGUUGCUGCCUAAUAAGGUACGCCGUAGACUGAUUUGUUGCUAGGUUUUUUUUAUCUCCGGGGCGGAGUUAUGAGUAAACAUGAUAACGCCGUUCGCGCCCUUUACGUGAUGCUAUCAUCAAUUAAGGCAAGACCAUUUUCAAGUAUUCGGAUUCGGGCUUUCCGGAGUUCCUUGUGAUCACCGCGCAAGCCACUAGUAGCUGUGAUUCUUAGUGUUUGACGAUCCCUUGCACACUGUCGGCCAGUAAGGACGCGCUUGCUGACGUUCAAAUGGCACAGAUUUUUGGGUAUAUCCGGACUUUGCGUCAGUCUGCCCUGUGUACCUGGAAAACUAACACAAAAACGCUUAUUGUUGUGAAUUCGUUUGUCCGGCGACCAUUGAUAGCCAGUGUGCAAGUUAUUCCGGCAAAACUAGAUCUGUGUAGCUGGUGUUUCCAUGUAUGGCCGUUUGCCAUGCAAACACUAUGUAACAGUCUUGGUGGACAGUAUUACGAUAGGCAAAGGCCGUUUAUGACACUUGCUACGUAGUCUGUUUCCAAAAUGAGGCGUCAUUUAUGUUUAAAUCGUGUAUUCUGGAGAGUGAAACGCUCAAAGAACUGCAGAAGCAUAUGACGUUUGUUUUUUCCCCAAAUCUUUAGCAUUACACAUUAACAUGCUGGGAGGCAACUUGCCAGAUUGUUGAAGCCAUCUGUAACACGCCACAGGCCCCGUUAUUGUUGAGUUCUACUUGCAUUCCCAGUGAUUAAUUAACAGGACAAUUUUACCACGCGCCCGGAUGCAUGGGUGAAACAGUCCGAGUUUACUGCAUAGCACCUCUUCGGCAGAGUUCGAUAGAAAGUUCCUGCCGCUUUGAAAGCGAGCGCGAUGCCGACAAAAUUUUAACAGUCCACACGUCAUUCCUCCUAGUAACCAUUAUGCCUAUGUAUGAGUAAUUGUGCCAAGUUGCAAAUUUUCAGAUGAGGCUCGUCAUAUCGGACCCUGUCUACCUAGACCAUUACAAGGUACGCGAGAGGAGGCUAGACAAUGCAGUAGAUGAAACAAAUAGAAGUUGACGAUGCUACUAAGUGGGGUUAGAAGAAUUUGGCCACCUGGCUUGGGAUAUCGCGUCGCUCACCUGUGAACCAAUUCAGCAACUUCAUCUAGCGAAAAUCAAAAUCGAUCCCGGAAUCCCAUACCGUCUAUUGCUUUUCCACUUCUUAUCUUCACCUGCUUACCCUCAUAACAUUGAGCCCCCUGGCGAUUGGUGGUACCUGACACUUGUACUCCUCGUCAGACUUUCGUUGAGUGAUGACGUUGCAUGGCAUGGCUGAUGGCAGUCUAGAUCCACACCUUUGUUCGCCAAGGAAAUAUGGUUGACGAUGCUCAUUGCAGAGUAGUUUACUUGUUAUCCAGUGACGCUCCUGUUUGAUUUCUUUAAUUUAUCAUAUUUUAUAGAAAAGCUUGCUAUUUCCUCGACCUAUUUGUCCGCGCCUCAAACGAAUUGGGUCAUUCCGUUUACAAGAAAAUGGGUUAUGUCAUCUACCGACGGGUGUUAAAUUAUUACUCCGGCAAGGACGAUGAUGAAGAUGCUUUCGGUAUGUCUCUCUAAUUUCUCCUCUGUACGUAUUUGUGUCAUUUGUGCGGUCUCCCGGUAGGAACUACUUGCGUAUACCGCUUGGCUCAUUCUCUUCGUCAUGCUAAAUUGUCUUUUGUACUUAGCAGACUCGUUUGUUUUUAUAUGACUGGUCAUAUUCAUGUCACGCAUAUUCUAUUUCUUCAACGAUCUAGAUAUGCGAAAAGCGCUUUCAAGAGACGUUGAGCGCAAAUCUGUCGUGCCUCUCAAACGGCCUGUGAAGCCUGAAGAUUUGGAAUUCAACUAG